UAAAUUUAAUUCUCUAGUUACCCGGAUGAUUGACUGAAACUUACAUGAAGGAAUUUUGGUUUAUAUUUUUCAGAAACAAUUAGCAAAAUGGGAAAUGAAAAUAGUCUUCCCAUGGAGCUCUGCUCAAAUUUUGACCUGGAUGAAAUAAAACGGUUGGGCAAGCGUUUUAGAAAGUUAGAUCUUGACAACUCUGGUUCACUGAGUGUAGAAGAAUUUAUGUCACUGCCUGAACUGCAGCAAAAUCCACUGGUACAACGAGUGAUAGAUAUUUUUGACACAGAUGGAAAUGGGGAAGUGGAUUUUAAAGAAUUCAUAGAAGGAAUCUCACAGUUUAGUGUUCGAGGCGACAAAGAGUCAAAGCUGAGGUGUAAGUUUGCUUUCAAGAUCUAUGACAUCGACAAGGACGGCUACAUUUCCAACGGUGAGUUGUUCCAGGUGCUCAAGAUGAUGGUGGGCAACAAUCUGAAGGACACACAGCUGCAGCAGAUAGUAGACAAGACAAUCAUUCAUGCAGACACUGACGGUGAUGGCAAGAUCUCCUUUGAAGAGUUUUGUGCUGUUGUUGGUAGUAUGGAUGUUCACAAGAAGAUGGUUGUGGACGUUUGAACCCCCAUACACUGGGACGACUCCUAUGUGUUUUCCAUGACAGCUUGGUGGUCUCUCAGCCCUGAUUCUAAUAUGUUAUGGUCUUUCAUGUUAGAUAGAGCAGCCGGUAUUUCCAACAUUUUGUUCCCCGAUGUGCCAGUGGGUGGAGAGAUGGCCAGGCAACGUGCGGUGUUCCCCUAAAUCUCUCUCUCUCAGCCUCUCGGCUGCCGAAUCCAGCCUCUCGGAUCUUCACUACAGCUUUAUAGUCUUCUUGGGUUUUUUAACUAGCUUUCCAAUAAAUUACUCUAGCGACUUGUGAGUCUUAAUAGGUUUUUUUUUAGUUUUGUGCAUUUCGAACCAAUGCUCAUUGUUUUCGUUCUAAGGUUAGUCUGUUGUUGGUGUUUGAUGUCUUAGCUGUUGUUUGUUGUUAGAAUAUGUCAGUUUAAUUUAUUAAUAUUCUCUGUUUUAUUACAAGUGUGUUUAGCUAUGCUAGCUAGGGCUUCAGCUGUCAGUCAGUAGUGGAAAUAUUCGGUUAAUCUUUGUAUUUAAAGUAAUUAUUGUUUAUUGUAAAAAUAAAUAAAUAAUAUGAACUAUUUAUUAUAUUCUCAGGGCACCAAAAGGGCUUGACCACACAAGUUACAAUUUUUGUUUGUUUGUUUUGGUUUCAUUGCUUUUACCAACCGCUUUAGACUUUCCCAGCUUAACUGAUAUUGGAUUAGUCUAAUGUGGAAAUACAAGGGUAAAAAUACACAAAUACUUUAAUCAUUGUUAUGUGUGUUUAGUGUCUGUAUGGUUUUUGCAUACUGGUAUGUAUAUGUAGAUAGUGUGUUUAUGUGUCUAAAUGGUUGUCCAGAUGUCAUUAUUCUGUUCUUCAGCUGUAGUGUGGAAAUCUAUUUUUCAUUACCAGUGGUAGAUCAUGAAAUUGGUAAUUAACAUGGACUCUAGGCAUAAUUUAGAACUUAACUUAAUUUGUAUCCUUUUGGUCCUCAGUUGUUUUUUGUGAUCAUGAUGAAAAUAUUUAUAAAAGAGAUGGGGUGGAGGAUCAUGCCCUAUAGGACAAAAUUCAAAUUCAAAUUCAACUGUUCAGAAAUUAUUGCUGUAUCAUUCUUGACAGUCCUCGAAGCAGCAUAAUUAAUGCCACUGAAGUCAUUGUAAACUGAUGGAGACGAGAAUUUUAUUGAAAACAUUUCGAACAAGAAAUCUACAAGGACGUAUUUUAAGAAGGGCAAAUGAUCUCGACAACAGAAAAACUGGAAUGUUUUCUUUGAAAAUUAUAUUUUCCCCAUUCUCCAUAACUUUUCGAUCAUUACCACUUUGGUAUGCUCAGAAUGCACUUUCAAAACUUAAACCAAACCAACCCAUAAAUUUGUUGCAUAUUACAUUCAGACAACAUGCACAUUUUAUUCAUUAAAAAUUAACUCAAAACUGACAUAUUAAUGAGCAGUGAGAGAAUGCUGCAUAUAUUGUAGCUGCACAAGACAAGAGUCCAAUGGAAGUUAUGACAGAGAGUUGGUUGUAUACAGCCAUAAUCCACUUCUGUCAGAUGAUUUGUCUAUAGGAAAGCUAACCUUGACCAUGAUGUAAUUACCACUUCAUCUGUAAGAGGACUGCCACUGUUACCAGUACAGUCCAGUAUUUGGAGGCAUCUUGUUUAGAAAGGUCAAGUUCUGUACUGGUUUUUAAAAAGGGACUGUAAAAAUGUCCGGUUUUGAGGGUAGUCUGGUUUACAGAGGGUCCUGUCUUGAGAGGUUUCAUUGUAUAAGCACCAGUAAAGGCUUCAAAAACUUUUAUGUAGCUUCCAUAAACAAUGGCACUUCUGAAUUCACACACGGAUGUGCAUUGAGUAAUAUAUCAAGCAAGGAACUGUUGGUAUUUGAAAUUUUGUACGGAGUACUGAGAGCCAAACGUCUCCAAUAUGAAACUGGUGACUAAAUCAAGCAAGAAGAAAGGAGUUUCUGAUCAGGUUGUCAAAUGUGAUAUGUGUGUUUAUUCGCAUUGAUUUCAUGCAUUCCCUUCUCAGUUUAGAUCGUGAAGAUCAUUAGACUAGUUGGCUUUAUAAAGUCGUUAUUUAGGCAACAGUUCAUAAACAUAAUGAACAAAAACAUAUCCUCCUUUUAGGCUAGAUAAAUUAUCCCAAGAUUGUUUUCAGAAAGGAUCAUUAUUUUGUACUUUUUUAUUUUUAAUAUUGGUAAUUGCAAUUUGUUCUUUCAGCUGUUUUUCAUUUCAUUGUGUUGUCUCCACUUCAAAGCAUGCUAAAAAUAUAUGAUGUAAUAUUGCUAACAAAAAUCAUCUUGGUAUAUGAUUUCUGUAUUUGCAUAUUACCCAUAGAUUGGUUAAUUAUCAUCAAAAUUAGAUACAUACACUGGGUAGUUUCAAUCCAAAAAUACUGUCAGUUAUUUCUGUCUCUUCACAAAAUAUUACUUACAGCUAGUUUUCUAAUUGUAGUGUGAAUUUAUUGCAUAUGGUUAUUAGUUGUUGUUUGUUUUCACUAUUAUGUUUAAUACAGAUUGCACAGUUAAAAAUAAAUUAGCUAAAUUAUAGUGUUUGCUUCUCAGUCUUGUGCACUUUUUAAAUCUUUAUUUUUUAUUGUUUAUCAGAAAUUUAGUAUAACUGAAACCACAGUAUUUGCGAUUCAGUCCCCUUGUCUCAUUCCAACCUGAGCUCAACGAUUAGUAUCUUGAAGACCUUGGUAUGUGCAGUCCUGUCUUGUCAGAAAGUGUAUGCUUAAAGUUUCUUCUGACUGUUAACAAAUACUGGAAGUUAGCUUCUCCAACACACAAGCCAAGUGUCACAAUUACGAUAUGUUUGACACCUAAAUAGCAAUAAGCUGCUGAUUAGGAACUGUGCCAAGGUGUUCAAAUAACAUUAAUUUUACACUCUUGGUUGUAGUUGAUUAGACAUUUGUGUAAAUAAAAGGAUCUAGGAUGUAGCUUUACCAUAAAUAUCAAUAUUUUUUAAUGUAAAUAUAAAGGAAACAACAUCAACAAAUAAAUAUUAACAUAUUUAAGAUAAAUUUAAAAUGUAAGUCUCGAAAGUUUAACUUUUUAAGAGAAGUAGGAUUAUGAUGUACUGGUACUGCUUUGGUUAUUUUACAUCAAGGAUAUGUUUUAAAAAGACAUUCUGGGUGUCAAACUGGGUACAGUGUUUUAACUAUUGAUAUCCGUUCAUUUAUCUUCUAAGCCUUUGAUUGGGACUGGAUUCUAGUUGGCUCCAUUAUAAAAUGUCUUAAGAGUUUACUGGAUAUGAACUUGAUGAUCAAAUGAGAUAAAUUAAGUUUUUGUUAAAAUAUAUUAAAAAAACUAUUCUCAGUACUUGGCAUUUGAGAGAGGGACUGGAUUACAAACAAGUUAUUUGCUAUCUAUCUCUGAGGACUGGAUUUCAAAUGAAUUGAGUUAUUUAUUUACUGUCGGUCUCAUUGCUACUGGCUAAAGCUGAAGCUCUGGUAAGAAGUGUUGUCACAGUUACUCAACACUGCAAGAUAAAAGUUUUGUUUACAUAUAUAUGAAACUGUGUAUGUGAUCACAUUACAUUUGCUUGAGUCGUGAUAAUUAAUGUAUUGUACAGCAUAAUAUAUAUGUUUGGCGAUAUUUGUUUGUAGUUGUUUGCAGAAUUUUUGCAGAAUUUGUAUUUGUUUUUACUUCUCAUUUAACUGUUGCCCGAACCACAGCUGAUUUAGUUUAUUCUGUUUUUUGUGUCUUUAACUGUGUCUACUUUAAAAAACCCAAACCAAACCCUACAAAAACCACUAUCUUCAAGUCAUAUUGAAUUUCCAAAGUUUUCUUUUAAAUAGUUUUCAAAUUAAUUUGUUCAAAUUAGUGUUAAGAGUUCCAAUUUUUUAAUAGAGACCUUAAAAUUUGUUGACGUCUAGAUAGUGAUAUAUUAACAACAUAAAAAUAUAUCGAUGACAUCUGAUUUAUGAUAAAAAAUUAUAUAUCACUUUAUUAUAAAAUUUAAUAAAUUUGGCCUCGUAAAAUAUUAGCUGUUUUUGUUCUUGGCUAAUUGUUUUUGUGUUCCAAAAUAUUUCAUAAUUUAAUAUAUUGAAAAUACUGUAAGGAGAAAGAAUCUUUAUUUGGUUUUAUCCUCUAACUUGUAAAUGCAAGUUGCAUAAUUAGCUCAAGCUGCAUAAUGAACUGGCCAUUUUGGAAUAUAAAAUAUUAGACGUGUAACAUAAUGUAUGUAAAACUUAAAUAAAAUGUAAAAAAAAAAAAAUCACAUUGAUAAUGUUAUGAGACAUGUUAAUUAAGACUACCAUAAUAUAACUGAAUCAUAGUGAUCAGUUAAAUCAUUUUGAAUAAAUAUAUUUUGAAUAUAUUAUUUCCAUAUAGUAGGAAUAUAAUCAGCUUCAUUUAUUUAAAGAUGUGUUGGAAUUGUUUUUUAUUUUUUUUUCAAAAUACUUUCUUUCUUUUUUUCCCAGUCACUUUUUUGUGUACUGGCUUAAAAUACCAAUCGAACAAAUGUUUCUUAUAUAAUUAUAAAAUAACAAUGAUAUUUUAAUAUACUUAAUAGUACUUGUAUCUUUUUGUAAUUACCGGUAGUUACUUAAUUACUAGUUAUUGAAAUGUGUUAUAGUAUAUUCAUGUAUAGAAGGUAUAUAAGUCUGCAUCAUUUUAUUUUAUUACUAUAUUAGCAUGUAUUUGUGUCUUUACAUCCUAAAAGCUUACAGAUUAGUAAUUGGACGUGAAGUUUGCAUUUUCAAAGCUCUUAGUCCUAAAUGAUUGGCAUAACACCUUUUUUAUACUUGAGUUUCAUAGGGCAGAAACACACAAAUGCAUGUGUUGAUAUUUCACUGAUGGGUGUAACCUUAUUCAGUGGAGAGGAUAAUUAAAUAUUGUGAAAAACAAAAACAAUGCAUUACCUGAAGUGAAAUGUAUUCAUAUCAUUCCAAAAGCAUGCACAUUACAAUUACAAUUAUAUUACUAUCUGAUUUCAACCAAAGUUAACAUGGUGGGAUGCUUUGUUUUUUCUCAUGUCGGUAACUCAAGUAUUGGAUUACACAGACGAAUGCCAAAUUAUUUGUCUUGCGUUGCCAAGUAAUGGUUGGUUAUUUGACAUACUGUUGAAAUACUGUCCAGAAAUAUAGGAAGAAUGUUUGGCUUCAUAAGAGCAGUCUUUUUUUUUUGGGGGGGGGGGGGGGGGGGGGUGUCUUUUUUCUUCUGUUUUUUUUUCAAGGAGCAUCAAUGAAUUAAAUAAUGUGUGAUUUGGGGUGUGGCUGGGUUAAAUUGAGAGUUAACUGAUAGUUCUUUCUCUAUUGGCUAAUUGAUUCAUUAAGAUUUAAUGUCUGUUUUGAUAUGUUGUGUGUUCGUCCCUCACUGAUUUUAGUACAUCCAUAACCUAUUUAACAACAUAAUUUGGAAAUUUCUCUAUAGCUUAUUAAAUAGAAUACCCUGGAUUAAUUCAUUGUGUGAUUGGAAUCCGCUUUUCCACAACUUGUUAAAGAAAGCAUAAAUUGAUCUCUCUGGCUUAUAUUUAUACAUUCGUAAAAGCAAAUGAGACUAAGAAUAGUAAAAUUAGUAUUUAUGAAAAUUAAUAUUGUACAUUAAAGGCAGCAUACUGAAAUUCACAAAUUUAAUGAAAGUUGUAGGCUUUUUAACAGUAUCCCAAUACUAUACAUAAAUGCUUAGUUAUAAAGAAAGUAAAAUGUAGAACUUAGACUGAUCUUAAUAUGAAGUGAAAUGCAUAAAGGUUAGAAAAAGAAAAAGCCAGUAGAUAGUCUGUGUGCAACACACAACAAAUAUAUAUAUAUAUAUAUAUAUAUAUAAUUGUAUAAUUUUGAUAUUGCUUGCUUUUGAAAUGUUCAUAUAUAUGCAUGGUUUAGGCUGCUGUUGACAAAUUACAAAUUGAAUUUAAGUUUAGCAAAUAUAUUUUGAAGUAUAUCUGCUGACAAGUUAAUUCUCUACCAGUUUAUUUUGGCUUGACAAACUUGAAUGUUUAUCACCAGCUUCAUAUUGUGUCAAGUGUAACAUUUAAAUUACUGUGGUUGCAUAUUAUAUUGAAUUAUAGUGUUUUUUUAUAAUUAUCGUUCCAAAUUUUUUUUAAUUAAGCUUGAUACAGUAUGUUUAUUGUACUAAAACAUCUAAUGUUUAAAAAGAAUAACCAUUGUUAGCAAGACAAUCUGAUAGAAAGAAAAAAACACAAUUGUCUUGACAUAACGGGCACAGUUUUCAGAAGUAGUUAAUUAUAGAAUUAACAUCAAGAAUAGAAGAAGAAAAAUUGUCUUGACAUAACGGGCACAGUUUUCAGAAGUAGUUAAUUAUAGAAUUAACAUGAAGAUAAUUAAUCAAACUUAAUGUGAGGUUUGGCUUCAUGAAAAAAAACCCACUAAAAAACUAUCAAGUUUAAUGGAAUUAUUAGUUCCAUUUCUUUAUAUGUAUUGUUAGUGUUUGAGAGUGUGGUCAUAUGGAAUACAGUUUUCGCACUAUAUUCCAUUGAUGUUAAUUAAGCCUGUUUAAACUAGUCCCUUUAGAGAGAUUUUCAGUUGACUCGGUGGAAAACAUUUAACAUCUAUUCAUUCUAGCUCUCUUUGUGAUAUUGUGUUAUAAAAUAUGCUGAUCCAGAUACACUGCUCUAUUUACUUAUUAAAAAAUGUUUGUUUCACCUGAAGUCAGGAAUGAAAAUUGAUAUUUAAACUAUUUAGAGAUUAAACUUGUACAUAUGUUCUUUAUCAUCAUCUAAUACCACUUGAACCAUGCUCUUUAUUUAAAUAUAGUUAUUGUCAUCUAAAAAUAAGCAGAGGUUUUUUGUUUUUUCCCUUCAAUAUUUGGUUAAACAAUUAAAUUGGUUAUUGGUAACGGGUAAAUAUAGUUUUUUAACAGUAUCCUUCGUUAUUGUCUUUUAGAAACUGUUCCAUCCAAUCUUGUUUUGAUAAUAACACGUGUUUACAAAUACACAUCAUGCUAGUUGUAAGAAAGAAUGUCUUUAAGCCGAUUAAAUCUGUUGCAGCUAUCAUGCUGUGUUACUAUGCACCUACAAGGUACUAUGAGACAAAGAAACUACCGUACUGAAUAUAACUUAUUUAACACUGUAUAAGUAUCACCAUGGAACACUAAUCACUCAAAUCAACUAUCAAAAUAACUUAAGAACUAGAUAUUACGAUAUGUUAGUAACAUGGGGAUUGAGUGCCAUUCUCGACCAAAUCUGUUUAAUCAAAAAGGACUCAUUUUGAUGAGGUGGGGCUGUUUUGGGGUUGGGCAUUUUUUUUUAAUUCUUUGAUCAAGCAUCUGCUAUAUAAUGGUUCGAGGGUAAAAUAUCUGCCUCGUUAUCGUUCUGAAGUCAAACGUCUGCCACAUAGUUGUUUUUAUGGUCAAGAAAAAUAUUUAGAUAUGUGCAGAAAGAAGUUAAUUUCAGACACCCAAAACUGAAAUAUGAGCUGACUGUUAUAAAUCAGGGUAUAUAGUAGAGAGAGAAAAAAAAACAUUGGUUUUGUCUGUAUAGAUACUACUUUUCAUUGUACAAAAUCCAUACUGAAGGCUACCUGUGCAAAAUGUUCGCUGGCCACUAACAGAAAUUUUGAAACUGAUCUGGUAAUACUAAUAUGUAUAGUGAGCCAUUGUUGUUAUUUUGGUUUCUUUAACACAUUUAGUUAAAAUAUGUUGUCCACUUGUGCAUCUAGCUGAUUGUAUUUCACUAUUUGUAAAGACAUUUUUAAACAAAUCUAUAAAAAAAAAAUUCCAUAUUUAUAUAUAUAUACAUGUAACUAUGUCUAUUGUACUUUACAUUUAACUGUAGCCAUAGAUUUAAGUCAAAUAUCAUUUUUCUUCUUUUCACUUGUUUUGCCAAUGUCACAAAUGCCAAAGUUUUUCUUUUAUUUGCAGGGGCAAUCGCCCCCAACACAUUUUUAAAAUAUAUAUUUUUUUGUUCUGUUUUUAUUUGUAAUGUUGAGUUUUCCAUUUUUAACUUUUUGGUUUUUUUUCUUUUUGUGUCAGUGACCAACUUAAUUCUCAAUUGCUGUGUGGACUGAAUUUGUUGCAUGUAUUUUGGUGUGUACAUUAAACUUAUUAAAAAUGGCUUGUGUAUAUUGAAAACUUGUAUAUUUUUGCAGUCAUUUGAAUAUUGCAUAAGCCCUUUUUAUUAUUGUCCGUUUGUGACUUGCUCUGUAAAUUUGAACCAUUUGUACGUUAUGUGAUACCUUUUUCACUAUAUCCUUUACUCGUGUUCAGUCUUGCUUGUCUUCAACAAGCCAUCUAAUAUAUUCAUUUUAUCUUUUCACAAUAUUGCUAAUUUUUCUUGAAUAAAUUUUGCAAAUAUUU